AUGUCAUAUGAACUGAAAUCCGAUGUAUGGGACCCUUCUUCUAGGUGUACCACCGACUUAGCGGAUCACAAUAUUGACGACGCUCUGAUCGAGUCACAGAGGUGGAUCGAGAGUGUGACAGAUAAAAAGUUUGCUAAUGACGAUUUCAGAGCUUCAUUAGAAAAUGGUGUCUUGCUGUGCGAAUUGGUAACUGCAAUUAAACCUGGUUCAAUUAAGAAAAUUAACAGAUUACCUACUCCCUAUGCUGGGCUGUUGGUGCAUCACUGCAGCCAUAGGACUUCCCUAUCGUAUCCCUCUUGGUCUAGGCGUAUCUACAGUUUUGAGGAUAAUCUAAAUCUUUUCUUACAUGUUUGUGAGGAUCUAGGAUUAUCAGGAUCACAGUUAUUUGACACAUGUGAUCUCCAAGAUAUUACUAACAGAGGCAGAAUCCCAAAAGAAACUAAAAAGGAAGCAGAAAGAAGACUUAAGAAUGUAUGUAGUACUCUGUACUGGUUAGGUAAAGCAGCUCAUAGUUUGCCCAAGUACAGAGGACCGCAGCUAAACUUGAGGGCAUUUGAACAGCUGUUGUGGCCCUCAAAUCUCAGCAAGGAAUCAUGGUCAAAAACAGAAACAUCGGUUAAGUUAAAAAAAUCUCAUUCUCUUGAGGACAUUUUAGACACCACAGACUCUUUGAACAAUAACGUAAGUAAACCCAAGAUGGAUGCUUACCGUAAUCGAUAUUCGGGAAACUACAGCGAUUACAAUUACAGUCGGGAGAACGGUUACGGAAAUGAUAUCAGCAGUCAUGAACGGAAAAAUCCUGAUGAAUUUGUGCCAUCGGAAACUCAAAAACGAAACGAUAAUUUCGGCUACAGGCGGCCGAGUAUGCCAGGUGGAUUAAGUAAAGAACAAGCGACAAAGUUUAUCGCUCCUGAAGUUCCGCAGCACUUUAGGUUUUCGUCGGGAGAAGAUGUGAAAGUUGCAAGACCAAGUAAAGAGUUAUUAGAAGAGCAGAAAAAGAAAAAUAACGAAGAUCAAAGCGCAUGGAUGUCGAGUCUCUCCACCUGGAAGCAAAGACGUAUCAGUGCCACGCACACAGAACGAGAACGCAAGGCUGAACGAGAACAAUAUGAAGAAGGCAAUAACAAUGAUUCAAACCGUAGGAGUAGCAUUAAACCUUUCCAUCAGAUAGUAGAAGAACGACUAAGAAAAAAAGAUGAUGAUUUCAUUAGCAUACUUGACAAACCAGUGAAAGAAGUGAGUGAAGAUAGAGCACUCUUAGAUGAGAUAUUGACAUCAGUUACUCUUGAAGAUGAUGGCAGCGUGCAUGGUAGCCAGAGAUCCGAAGAGGAACGAGAAGAGGCCUACAGAAGGUACAUGUACCAGUACUAUGACAACAGAAAUCCAACUUCUGGAUACUCAUCCAGACCUUGGCAGCCCUAUCCUCCACAACCUGCUGUCCACAGAUGGAACAGCCCUCACGAUGAGGCAGCCUUGUAUACUCAGGCUGCCCGGCAACCGCCUCCAGUCAUGCCACGAAGAACAAAGCCAUAUCACAAGACUGCUUCAAUUCCUCUGGAAAAGCCCGUUAUUAUGACAGCGGAUGAAACUGUUCGAGAAAGAACUCCACCAGAUCGGCCUGGUAGACCAGCCAUUAUCAAGGCCACUGAAAUACCUGCUCAGAGGAGACCGGAACCUCGCACACGCUUUGACAAUGAAAGGUUUGGGAGACAGCAAGAGCAGCCCAGAAGCACUAGGUCACAGCCAUUAGAAAACAGGAACAUAGAUGAAUAUUCACAGCCGAGUGGCAGACACGAACAACCAAUAUCAAAUGAGAGACAACAGCCCGUUGAAAACCGAUAUAUAGAUGCCAAGCCAAUGUACAGGCGAGAUGAGCCCAGUUCACCCCCUUCUAGAAACCGAUAUAACGAUGACCAUAUAAGGCAUAGGCCGCGAGAAGAAUAUAGGGGCGAUGUUCCCCCUGCUGAGAGUUACGAGAGGAGAGACAAACCCAAGAAGGAGCCACCCCCUGUUGCUAGGAGACCGAAAAGUAAGGAUGUUGUUGAUCUUUCAUCUCUGAAACAAGCUGAGAAAAAGAGACUGAGUUCCGGAAUUCUGGAUAGAGUUGCCGUGUUCAAUGAUGGUGGAAACCAAGCACAUAACAGUAAGCCCGAUAACAGGUCAAAGUCAGCGUUUAAUGAAAUGACUAUAUGUAUUAAUCAAAGACCACACAACGAAAAAGGAUUUGGUUUUGUAAUGAGUGGCGGUAUCGACAAGAAUAAACCACUUUAUGUUGAGAAAGUAGCAUUAGGGGGCUCUGCUGAUAUAUGCGAGUUGUGUGCAGGAGACGAAAUAAUCUUCAUCAACAAUCAAAAUGCUGUCAGUUUUACUCAUGAUGCCGCUCUCAAUGCUGUCAGUCAAGCUGUAGUCACAGGCAACUUGCAACUUAAAAUUCGUCGCUAUGGCAAUAGAGGGCCAGAUGAAUCAAAACCGAGUAAUAUGAAGGUACACAUACCAACUGUAGAGGAAACGCGACUGCCAGAGAACAACGUUCCCAUUACAAGAACUACCCACGAGAAAGUAGAAAAAGUCAUGGAACCAGAAAUAAAUACGCUUGUAUCAAAAGCGUGGGAACCUGAACCAUAUAUACCAAAAGCAUGGGAACCGCAACCGUAUGUGAAUAGGACGCGAGAACCAGAGCCGGUUGUGCUAAAAAAAGAAGAACCUGCUCCGAAAAAGAAGGAAAGAGAGCGGUUUAUCACUCGCUCUGGAGACCGAUCAAAAAACAAUGUUGCGGAAAAACCUAUAGAAAUCAAAACAGAAGUUGAAGUGAAAGCGCCUGCACCAGAAAAGCAUUUCGCCAGUGACGAUGAGGAUUUGUUAUUUUUAGAGGAGGGGGAUGAUUCGGGAGGUGAUAUGAGUCCUGCAGAAGAGGAGAGAAUUGAGAGGGAGAUACUGGAACAGCUGGAAAGGGAAGAAGAAGAGGAACGGAAACGUGACGAGAUGCACAAACAAAUUGAAGCAGAAGAGAACAAAUCCGACAGUGAUGAGGACAAGCCUCCUCCGCCAAUUCCCAGUCGACCACCACCUCUGAUAAAUCUUAUGCUGCGCCCUCGACGUGAAAAAAGUAAGGACUUGGUCAAACUUGAAAUAUGGAAGCGUCGCCACAAUUUCUUCCGUCACCAUCCCGACAAGAGCUGUUGGCCCGUAUUUCGGUAUUCAGAUGAAGAAAUAAUAAUUGAAACUCCAGUUACCAAGGAAACGGUGGAUGUAGCAGAUGAUGUGGAAGCACUAUGGCAGCAGGUGGAGAAAAUAUCCAGUCCAGGAAAGAUCACAAAUGGGAAUAGUGAAGAGUUGCAGAAACAGGAAGAUCUCUUUGCUGGCAUUGAGAAGCCACCGCCAAUCACUCAGUCAGUAAAAAAGUUUGACAUCAAGGAGGAACAAUCGAGGUUGGAAAAAUGGCAACUAGAACAAGAUAAAUUGAGGCAAGAUAAAUACGUAGCUGAACGUAAGCAGCUUCGUUAUCAGUACGAACUACAGUUGGAGAAGAUUCAUGAUGCGGAAUUAAAGAGACGUGAAGCCGAAGCGUUGCAGCUUGAGCGAUAUGAACAAGAGUUGCUACGAACUACAGGUUAUAAUGCGGAGGAAACUGCAAAGAGGCGAGAACUUUUCAUGAACGAGUCUGCCAGGAGAGAAGAGGAGUACAAACGCAGGAAAGAGGAACUGCAGGCAUUCUACAAACAAGAUCAACAGCGACUGGAGGAAAAAGAAAUCAUUGAAACGCAGGAGGACAAUUUGAAACAUGAAGAAAGUAAAUGGGAGCUUGAAAAAGACCACGAGGAGGGUAAAAAACAAGAAAUUGAGGUGAAGAAGAAACAUAUUGAACGUGAAAGGAGGCGAACGCAGGAGCUGGAUGUGGAAGCGAUUCGGCUGGAAGCUGAGGCGCGGUUGAAGAAGGAAUGGGAAGAGUUGGAAAAGGAGAAACAAAUGCAGCAGGAACGAGAGCGACUGGCAAUGAGCAAGUUGGAGGAGAUUCGUAGAGAACAUGAUAGAUUGAUGCAUCAGAGGGACGAUCUUGAAAGAAAGCAGCAGGAAGAGAUCAAGCAACUAAUGGCAGAGAGAAAAAAACUACAUACGAGUCCACCGCCAUCUAACCUUACAUCCAAAGACAUGUACACUGAGUUUGCAGCUAUUAAAAGGAAUGACGGUGGAGGUGAUGAUCCAACGAUCAGGUCCCGACAGCAAAAGCCGACUAAAUCCGCCCUCAAACAACCUAAACAUGAAGAAAGUGUGCAAGAGCAGGAGAAGAGGAAAGCAGCAGGAUUGCCGCUGAACAAUCUUGCUAAAAAAUCUGAUUAUCUUAAGUUCGCUGCGAUUCAGCAUGAAAACGAAGAACCCGAAGAUAACAUGCAAAAAUACAGACUUCAGUCACAACCAAUGACGCAACCAAAAAAGAUCUACCAGCCGGAGACGCAUUCACACCUCGCACCUGCUAAAAUAGAUAAACCAGCAAGCUAUGUUAGCCCGUUACAAAAAGCCAGUCCUUUCGAUACUCAGUCACCGGUUACAACAGAUCCAAAUUUCAGGAAGUACUUCCAACAGCCAGUGCGGGAAACCCCACAGCAGCACAUCCCAGAGAGGGAUACUGACUACAGUAAGCAUCCUGGACGAGGGAGGGACCCGUCGCCGUCCUGGCAGCCGAGGAGAGAUGAUAGGAGACAUGAUCCAGUGCCUGCUGUUAUGUCAAAAUACAAAGAUGAGUCGGCGACACCUUCCCAGCACUGGAUGGUAGAAGAAGCAGAAAGGAGGAGAUUAGCCGAGAGAGAAGGAUAUGACCGAGGUACCCCUUACGAGGCACCGUCACUAAGACAUACAAGUACUACGGAGAAACCCCAGCGAGACAUCCCACCACCUACAGAAAUGAGAUACGAUGAGAGAUAUAUGUAUGCUCCACCAGAGAGGGACACCGCACAAAAACCGUAUGGACGAUACGAACCUGAACAGCCAGUGAAAUUACGACAGCAAAGAGAGACUGAAGCUGAAAGGCAACAAAAACUUGCAAACCGACGGACUCAUGGCUACAUAGACAGACCAAAUUUGAAUACUAAUCGUCGCCAGAGGAGUAUGGACGACACCGACAAAUAUCGGAGAAAUAGACAUUCCAUGCAUGAGUUGGGUAGCUAUAGUAAUUCGGCAGAAAACCUGCCGCUAGGUGCUGUGAGAAACCAAGCUCCACUGCCGGAUGCUGGGAUACAUUCACAUCGGACAGCUAGCCGUGGCAGUGGAUCACCAAAAGUACCACCAUCACCACAGAAAACUGGUGCAUACCCAUACCCACCUCUUCCUUUACAAGCCCCACCUACAAUGCAGCCACCUGCCCCUGCUCCAAUUAAGCCUGGUGGUCAAAGCCAAGGUAAUCGCUCAGUCAGCGGCAAGGUGCUGUGUACACGGUGUGGUCAAGUGCUUGGCAGGGGUGCCGCCAUGAUUAUCGAGUCUCUUGGAUUACACUUCCAUAUUUCAUGCUUUAAGUGUUGUGUGUGCAAUUGUCAACUGGGCAGCGGUGCAAAAGGGACAGACGUUCGAAUCAGAGCCUCCAAACUACACUGCCAGAAUUGUUAUAGUAACGAUGCAGGUUUCGAAUUUACGGAAGUUUGAACAUGUUAAAUAUAUACUGAUUGAAACAUAUAUAGAUAUAAAUAUAUAUUGGUCGCAGGAGGGAAGAAAACAUUGCGCCGUGCUGCUAGGGGUUGAAAACCGAUUUAUACCCAAGGUGCUACUGAUGAGCAAGAGAUAACAAAAAGAACGUCUAUACAAUGUAUUGGACUUUUAUUGAUCAAAUUUAUUGACUAGCUCACCUUUGGACACUUUGGAGAAGAUUGUUUCAAGAGGUUGACACAGGAAUGGAAGUGGGACAAUCGAGAAGCAAUAAUCUGAUUUGUUGGACGUUAUUUCUCCGAUCAAUAAGAGCAAUAUGACAAGGGAAAUGCGACAAGUUUUAUGAUUUAAUUUGAGGAAGAGCAGUUUCUGACAAAAUUGUUCUUUCGCAUUUAAAGAAACAUAAACAUUUAUUCAGUUUGUACAACUUUGUUUUUUGUAUGUAUUGUUGUCAUGAUUCUAGUUUACCAUAAUCUGAACAAGCUGUCUGAAAUAUUUGCCACUGUGUGAUUAGUCUACAAUGAGAGGAACCAAUCAUAUCACAGAGAACAUAUAUCCAUCCUGAAGUUUAAAACAUGGCUUGCUAUUGGUCCAGGAUAAACUUAAUUAUUUAAUAGCCUGAUGUGAUCUUGAAGCACCACACAUCUAAUAAAUACUCCACACUUUUUGGUGCUCCUGUAUUAGAAACAAGUUUUCUGUGUCAAUUUUGGGGAAAUCUAACCAAGAAACCAAAUCCACAUGUAUCUUAAUACUGCCUUCCUCAUUUAAAAAUGUAGGACAAUUUGAUUCUGGGAUAAUUUUAUUUGUAAAUAUUUUUUGUAACAAUCAUUGCUAGGCUGUUUUUUUUAUUUUCUGUUGUAGUUUUGAUAAAAUGUAAAAUAGUAAAUUGCCUUCAAAAUAUCGGAUACUGAGAAAUUUUGAUUGUUGUACUUCUAUAAUGGCGCCCUCACUGUCCAUGUUUUUGUGACCUCUGCCUUC